AUGGAGGCUGUCUACAAGUCACUGACAAAAGAGGUGGAGAAACUGCAGGAGGUUGAAAGCAACAUCCAGAAGCGCCUGCAGGCCUACCAGCAGUUGGCAGGUCAGCUGUCGGAAAAUGAAAACGUGGACAAGGAUUUGGAGGAGCUGACGGAGGACAAUAAGGUCUUUAAGCUUAUAGGGCCAGUUUUGGUGGAGCAGAGCCUGGAGGAGGCCCGGGACACCGUCAAAAAGCGCCUCAAGUUCAUUCAGGAUGAGAUGAAGCGAAAUGAUGAGAUGAUGAAGACGAUGGAGAAGGAGCGGGAUAACCACCGGGAGCAGAUCACGAAACUGCAACAGCGAUUUCAACAGGAGCAAACAAAAGCUGCACUUAAAGCAUAG